CUGAUGUCACCAUGCCUGUCUCUCUCAGUGUCUGGCGUGUCAGGAUCGGCACCUUUCUGAGGAGGUGCCACCAUGAUCCGAAGAAAGAAGCUGAUCAAUCAAAAGAAAAUGACAAUGCCAAUAGCCAGAAUCCAUCGAGCAACGGCUCUUUGAUCGAUGAAAAGAGCAAAGCUGUCAGAACAUCCUGUCAACAACCUCCGUCUUCUGGUGAUGUAGAACUGAAAACCACCAAAACUGAAUCUCCAUGUAUCAGCAGUAUCAAAGUUGGUGUGUGUUCGGAGACUCUGUCGACCACGGCCAUUCCUGGUUGUGAUACCGUCAAUGGAUCUCCAUGUGACAUCAGAAGCCCCGGUAAUAUCGCCCAACAUGGAUCGCUGAUUGCUGAUGACCGCAUCCGUUGUUCGACAGGAAAGGAACCUAUCCCCGUCUAUGAUCCUUCUGACACCAAGGCUCCAGAGCAGGCUCCAGAGCAUUGUGACCUUGACGAGUUGGACAUGAGAUAUAUAACCAUUAAUGGCGUAUCUCCUAUUGGCCUCUGUGAUUCAACUCGAAUAAGUGAACCAAACCAACCGGAUGGUACAUCGGAGUCAUACUCACAUGCACCUAGUUCUCAACAUGACGGCAAGCAUGACGAGAAAGAGAGAUCAAAUUCAUUACCGUCGGGGAUACAUGGCCAAUCUUCACCUAUCUGUAGCAUGCCUAGAUCUGAACUGGAUACAUCAAGCAAAGCUGGGCACACAUUGUGUAUGAGGGAGAUCGCAGGGUUACAUGGAACACCAAUCUCUACAGGCAGUAGAUCAUGUUCACCCAGCGGUGGAACAGAUGAAACACAAAGGAAUUUAUUCUGUUCUGGUGUGACCAACGUGCUCCUACUGAGGUCUGGUGAUGUGGAGCAAAACCCUGGUCCAAACACCAACCCGGGUAAUCUAACUGAGUUUGAACUUCAUCUCCUUGCUGACGGCAUGGAUCCAUCAGACUUCAGGAAGGUUGGACUAGUUCUAGAAUUCACUGAGGCUCAACUAAGUCGAUUCAAGGAAGAUAACAUGGGGAACAUAAUGCAAGCUACAUAUAAGAUGCUUUGUGAAUGGCUGAAGACAGUACUACAAGAUGAUGCAAGGGUGAUACUAUCCAACAAGUUAAAAAACAUCAAUCUCGUACAGCUCGCCGACAAAUUACAGAAAGGUCAGGUCGGAGACCACAUACUAUCACUGACAGAAGAGGAAUUCAAACGGGUCAUCAAAGAGGUCAAAGAAUAUUCUGCACUUCAUCACUGUCAGAUUCAAGCCGAUCCACUUAACAACAGCUUUCUAUUUCAAUUAGACCGGAUCUUCACCAACUUAACGUUGUUGAAAGAAUACAAAGGAACAACUCUAAAGGCACCAAUACUAUACGCAGACCUGCUCAAGACUAAAGUCAACGGAGUCCUUCCUAAACGUUUGUUGGUUGAAGGUGAAGGUGGUGUGGGGAAGACAACUCUCUGUGCAAAGAUCGUUUGGGACUGGAUUCUUGGAACAGGUUACCAAGAUUUCAAACUUGUACUUCUCGUCCUCCUUCGUGAAGUAAAGGAUAAGACCAUUGGAGAGAUCAUAAUGUCUUACCUCCCAGACGACAUCAAGGUUACAGCCAUGCAGCUAAACAAGUAUGUCUUUUCCCAUCAGAAAGACGUCCUUCUAGUUCUGGACGGUUUUGACGAGUUAGCUGGCGAUCUUGAUAGUUGUUACCAAAUCGCCCUUAUCAUCCUGAAUCGGCUAUUCAAGUCAGGGAAAGUACUAAUCACAUCGAGACGAUGGAGAUCAGAUGAAAUACGGAAGAUUACAGAGCUUAGAAAGCUUUAUGCCUUCAUUGCCGUGGAAGGUUUCUCUGAUGAAAAUCUUUCCUCCUACAUCACCAAGUUCUUCCAUCCAGACACAACUUCAUCUGAAGAUUUGAAUCGAUUCAUAUCGAACAACGAUGUGAUAAGAGAGAACAUGGCCCCCUUCCCAAUAUACACAGCAAUGCUGUGUAUUAUGUGGAAAGACUUUGACGGCGAACGCCGUGAAGCAAUGUCCAAAAUGCAAACAUUUUCUCAACUAAUCGAUGAGAUGGUCCAAUUUUUGGUUGAUCAUCAUCUUUCCAAGCGCGAUACGUCUGCAGGUGAUAUUGGCAGAGAACUGGAUGUGAAACGUAGGGAGAUUCUGUGUCUUCUGUCUGAUAUCGGUUGUCUUGCCUUGCGGGGACUCCAUGAGAGGAGACUGGUGUUCACUGAACAGGAGUUCCAGCGCUGGCCGGGAUCUAUGGAAACAGGUUGCCAAGUCGGAGUGCUCACUAAGCAAACCAAAACACCUUCGAUGAGAGAGAGAAGACACCGUUUUCAUUCUGCAGUCACAUCUGUGCAGUUCCCUCAUAAGCUCUUUCAGGAGUAUCUAUCAGGGAAGUAUCUGGCAUAUCUCCACAAUUCAGACAGGAGCGAAUACGACAAGUUAAUGAAGCAUAUCAUCGGAAAAGCAAGAGAAUUCCGGGAACUUCUGUACUUCACCUCAGCCCAGCAGAAGGAGGUCGGAUUGGAUAUCGUAUCUCGUCUAACCAAACAACGCAUUGGUGAUGAAUUCAUUGUUGAUGUAGCAUAUGAGAGUCAAGACCAAACAGUGGCCAAAGCUGUGGCAGAUCACUUAUCGACUUCAUCCAGGAAGAAACUUGAGAUCCGGAUGGGGAUGCAGGCACACACGGUAUCAGGACAUAUGUUUAUCAUGAAUCAUCGUGUAGUGGUAAGCGACAUUCGAAAUGCUAAUUAUACAGACAUUUACCGUGCGUAUCAAACCUAUCAUAUUCACAAUUUACAUAAUAAAUUAUUAAUAAAAUAAACGUUUAAGGGAGUAUCAAAAACAAACUGAUUACUUUGUUUCCUUUGAAAAGCCCUAAACCCAUUUUAGCUUUCUUGCCCCCCGCCCCAAAUAAAAAAAAAUGAAGAAAAAAAAAAUUUGCUAUGACUUGUCCUGUCAUUACUGUCUUCAUUUACCAAUAACAAUGCAUUUUUAAAACCAAAAUUGUAGACAAUGGCUAGUUUAUACACUGUUAUAUGAGAAAAACCGUAGAAAGUACACAGGAAACAUACAUUUCGGCCAAUGAUCAUAAACAUUGCCACUUAGCCUAUGUUGGUCAUGUGGAUAACUAGUCCAGUAAAGUUAAGGUUACACUGGAACCAAAUAAGCUGCGAAUCCAUCCGGAUAAUCGGGAGGGUUCUGUACCGACCGCACAAAAACGUUGUUAGCGCUAACAGAGCACUAACAGCACUGUUAGCGAGGUUUUGCCCGCACAGAAGCAAAGUGUUAGCCCAAUCACUAGCUAGCGCUGUUAGACUAACAUUACAAGGUCGCACAGAAGCUAACAUUAGCGCUAAUGUUUGAACUAUUCACUAACAGUGCCAAGGGCACCGAUAGUGACAAUGUUAGUGAAUAUCUAUUGCGUGUCUUGCGUAAAACUUGUAUAUCAAGUGCUUUAAAAUAGACCUAGAUAGAAUUAAAAGGGUACUCCAGUGCAGGGGCGGAUCCAGUUUCUUUCAAAAGGGGCCCGGAAGGGGGGGGGCACAUUUUCCCGAGAAAGAGUAUGACAAGC